CCAAAUAUUCAAUCUAAUUGAAUACACGCACAAGAAAGAGAUAAAAAUUGGCUCACCAUUGGAGGCCGAUCGCUUGCCGUGGUUGCUCCGCUGCGUGUCCAUGAACAUAUUCAUCCUCUGCACCUCCAAAUCAUUGGCGAAUUGCAUCCUCUGCUUCUCCAACUCCACCAUCUGCCUCAACUUCUCGGCCUCCACUCUCUGAUACACCUCCCCGAACCUCUCAAUCGCUCUCGCCAAUCUCUUCAACCCUUCUUCUCCUCCUCCGCUAUCUCUCUCCCUCUCCAUCUCAACCUCAUACUUCUCCUCGUCAUCCUCUCCAUCUCAACCUCCUCAUCUAGAAUUGGAAUAGCUGUCAAAAGUCCUAUUUACCCCUGAAAAGGUUGCGGGUACUGCUCACAAUGAUUUAAUUUGACAGAAAAUGUUACAUUGAUUGGCAGUCUUUCCCUGUCUCUCUCCCAAAAAUGCUUCCAAGGUUCCAAAAUCCCAACCUCUCUUCCAUUUCUAAAACCAACAUCAAACUGCUGCGUCACUUGUUAUGCAAUCCUCUGUGCACCCUGACUGAGCCAACCCCAGUCAGUGAAGUCACCGAGUCUCCCGAGCUUCCAAACUGGGUCAAAUUCUUCGACACUAAACGCCCAGAAAAGGCAGAUCUUGAUGAGGAUUUUGUUAUCCCUUCUCUUGCCGAUUGGGUCGAGGCUCAGAAGCUCAGAGACCCCAGAAAAGCUGUCAAGCGCCCGCUCAGCGAGACCGCUGAUACCGACGACAUCGAUAAAGUCUGUAGAAUCUUGAAAAAUGGAUACCCAUCAUGGAAAAAUGCUGCUCAAGCUCUGGAUGGGUGUGUUUUGGAUUUAUCAAACAGUUUGGUGGAACGGGUUUUGAGGAGGUUUAGCAAUGAAUGGGUUCCUGCUUUCGGAUUCUUCAUUUGGGCAAAAGCACAAACAGGUUAUAGGCAUCCGCCGGAGGCAUAUAACUCAAUGGUUGACAUUUUAGGCAAGUCCGAGAAUUUUGAGCUUAUGUGGGAGAUGGUUGAAGAAAUGGUCCAAAUUGGAGGAGGGUAUGUUACUUUGGACACAAUGAGUAAGGUGAUGAGGAGGCUUGCAAGGGCUGGCCGGUACAAGGAGGCAAUAGAUGCAUUUCGGGGGAUCGAGCGAUUCGGCUUGAGGAAAGACGUGCUGUCCUUGAACACUCUCAUGGGUGCAUUGGUGAAGGAAAGAAGUGUUGAGCAUGCCCAUGAAGUUUUCUUGGAGUUUAAGGAAUCUAUACCUUUGAAUUCUCAAACUUUCAAUGUUCUGAUACAUGGGUGGUGUAAACCCAGGAAGCUAGACAUUGCUAGAAACACAAUGGAGGAGAUGGAGAAGCACGGUUUUCGUCCCGAUGUUUUCUCUUAUACCUGUUUCAUUGAAGCAUAUUGUCAUGACAAGGAUUUUCGCAAAGUUGUUGAAGUUCUUGCUGAAAUGAAGGACAAGGCUUGUGAGCCAAAUACCGUGACAUAUACUAUAAUAAUGCAUGCUUUAGGGAAGGCAAGGGAGAUAACUAAAGCUUUGGAGGUUUAUGAGAAGAUGAAAAGGAGUGGUUGUGUUCCUGAUACUUCGUUUUAUAACUCUUUGAUUUUCCUUCUUGGUAAAGCUGGUAGGCUCAAGGAUGUUCAGGAAGUAGUUGAGGACAUGACAAAUCAAGGUGUAAAGCUGGACACUUUGACGCAUAAUACCCUGAUCUCUUCUGCUUGUGCACAUUCGCAGGAAGAGGCUGCUCUCAAGUUGCUCAAGAAAAUGGAGGAGGAAUCAUGCAAGCCGGAUCUUAAGACUUAUGCCCCGUUGUUGAAGUUGUUUUGCAGAAAGAAGAGGAUGAGGGUGCUCUGCUUUUUGUUAGACCACAUGUUUAAGAACGACGUGAGCAUUGAAGGUGGAACUUAUGCACUCUUGGUACGUGGGCUUUGUAGCAAUGGUAAGCUUGAAAAUGCUUGCUCAUUCUUUGAGGAAAUGGUGUCGAAGGGAUUCGUUCCGAAGGACAGCACAUACAACAUGUUGAUAAAGGAAUUGGAGGGGAAGAGUAUGGAGAAAGAGAAGAAUCAUGUUGAAAAGUUGAUGUUGCAGGCAAAAGAGCAAGAGAUAUAGGCAACUCUUUCCGCCACUGAAUGCCCAAAGAGUCAUGCGGAUUUGUACCCUUGGACCAUUAUCAAAUUAUAGCAUCUCUUUUUCACCAUUAUCUAAUUAUUGCGCUGAGACACAACUGGUAAUCUUGACCAUUCCUAGAGAAUUCCAAAGACAUUGCUGUUAACAGAGAUGCACGUCUUUGAUGUGAGCAAAUAGAGAUCUUUUAAGAUCAAUUUUGUUUUGAAAUGUUGGUCUCUUUAUUUUGUACUCAGUUCAUCCAAAAAACAUGUUUGGUGAGAAUCAUGACAUAUUUUGCCGUGUAAGUUGUAACUUAACCAUAAAACAAAAAAAGGAAAAUAAAAUAAUAGCGAGAAGUCCAGUGUGAACUUGGAGAAUGGGAAAAGAAUAAAACUCUUCCAUCAACCACUAUUGUCAUGAUGUCAUCCAAUGUUGCAUACAUACAAAGAAUAAUACAAUG